AGAUUCGCCUGAUUUGGAAAAUUUUGUAUUUGGUUCCCUGGACCAAGUUUAAAAAGUGUUACUAUGCUUGGAUGAGCUUCAUUGUGGGCAUAAACACGUUUUUAACGUUAACGAUAAUAUUGGAUAUCGUAUUCUGUGGAGGCAUUAAGUGUGUUCUUAAACAUAUGACAUAUUACCUCGCCUUCCUUAGCAAAGUUGUUCAAUAUUUGUUGAUGCUCUUGGCUCGUAAGAAGCUGCUUCAAUUGGACAACUUAUUUCAAAUCCUAGAUGAACAUGUGGUUUUACCGGAAGAUCAAGCAGUGGCCAAGAAAGCAAUUGAAACAAGCCAUCGAAUAUGCAAAUAUUUCACGAUUGCUUGCAUAUUUUGCAUAUAUUGCAAAAUAGUGGGUUUCGUUUUCACAUUAGGUCAAGUAACGAUAUCGCCUGUAUGGUCUCCAUUUGAAGAAUACAUUGUGGUGGAAUUCCUAUACGAUUCUAUGAUUCCACAUUUGAUGCUUCUCCAAACUGUUGCCAACGACAUGUACCCACCUACGUGUUUUCUAUUGUUGAACGCAUAUUUAAAAAUUCUAUCUCAACAAUUAUUGCGUAUCGGUAAUGAAGACAGAGAACAUCCUAUUCAUUCAAAUAUUCCUACCCUUGUUGAAUGUCACGUUACCAUUCUCAAGAUUUAUAAAAUUUUAGAUGAAACUGUCCCGAAAAUGUUCUUUGUGGAACUUUUGAUUGCCAGUAUUCUUCUCUGCAUUUCAAUUACAUCUAUAAUCUCCGAAAGUAUGGAACCCUCGGACAUUAUGUUUACUGUUGUAUUAACCCUUUCGCUCUUGUUUCAAAUUUUACCAAUUUGCGUUCUUGCUCAUCAGUUUCAAUCAUUUAGUGAGGAGCUUACAGAUGCAGCGUAUGCAACUAAUUGGCCUGGUCAGGAUCGUGCCUUCAGACGUGCGAUACUCCUAAUUAUGCAGAGGGCACAAAACUGUAACCCGAUUGUAGUGUGUGGAAUAGUGCCGAUAAACUUGCCCACUUUUCUCAGUAUUGUGCAAUACGCCUACUCUUUCUCGGCAGUUUAUAGUAUGAUGAAUUAACCAAAACGUGAAGAAGUCAACAUUGAGAUAUAACAGCACAUCAUUUGAUUUCAAUAGAAUUCAGAAAUAUUUG